AUGUAUCACAUAGCCCAAGAAGCCCUACAGAGCAGCAAAGAUGACCAGACAAGAGAGGGUAAGAAAAAGUACCUCGAGGCGCAAAAACAGCUAUGCGGGCUACAAGAUGUUGCAGAAAACCCAGAUAAGGAGUGGAACAUUGAAGAUAAGUUAAAGCGUCUGCUGCGCUUUAAGCAUCCGGAACCGGGAACCGCUUUUUCGUACGAGGAGUGGAAGACCAACCGACACAACGACAGAGCCAUCAUCGAGAUACCCGACUCUUCCCGGGCAUUAUCGCUACAUCAAGAUGUAUCUGAUCGAUCCACACUACCGCGUAUGUUCGACCCGGAAUAUACCGCCACAGCAGUAUCACUGGUGGAUGCAGGAGGUAGGUAA